UUGACGUGUCAUCUUGUGAAUUGCAUAAAUUAAGGAUUAGCUCCUCACUCGUAAGGAUCUAACUCAUGAACAAAAUCGUAAUUGUAAACUAUAUAUAUUUUUUGUUUUGGCAAUCAAUUAGUUGGGGAUGGCAAGCGCUCUAGCCACUCUAUGUGGGCAGACUUUUGGUGCCAAAAAGUACCACAUGCUGGGCAUAUACAUGCAAAGGUCAUGGAUUGUGCUGUUUUCGUGCUGCAUUCUUCUGUUGCCUGUGUACCUAUACGCGUCUCCGAUUCUGAAACUAGUCGGACAGUCUGAUGAGGUGGCGGAGCAGUCUGGGGCGGUGGCUUUGUGGCUCAUACCCUUGCACUUCAGCUAUGCAUUUCAGUUCCCAUUGCAGAGGUUCUUGCAGUGCCAGCUCAAGAACUUUGUGACCUUGUGGAUUUCGUUGGCGGUUUUGGUGCUUCAUUCAGUUGUAACUUGGGUUUUGGUGAGUGUGUUGGAUUUUGGGAUUGUGGGUGCUGCCAUUGCUCUGGAUAUCUCAUGCUGGGCUUGCGUUUUGGGGUUGUUUUGGUAUGUUGUGUCUGGUGGUUGUCCAUUGAGUUGGGUUGGUUUCUCAAUACAAGCAUUUUCUGGGAUUUGGGAAUUUGCCAAAUAUUCUGCUGCUUCUGGGGUCCUGCUGUGCUUGGAAUUCUGGAGCUAUAAAAUCCUAAUACUGAUGACUGGGUUCUUAGAGGAAGCAACUCUUGCUGUGGAUGCCUUGUCAAUAUGCACGACUGUAAAUGUAUGGGACCUCAUGAUUCAUUUGGCUUUCUUGGUUGGCACGGCAGUUAGGGUGGCAAAUGAGCUGGGAUCCGGAAAUGGGAAGGCAGCUAAAUUUGCACAACAGGUUUCAAUGGCACAAUCUGCUUCAAUCGGUCUGUGCUUAUGUGUACUUGUUAUCAUGUUCCAUCACAAGUUCGCCCACGUAUUCACAUCGAGUCCUGAUGUCAUCGAAGCAGUUGAUCAAAUGUCGUAUCUCUUGGCCGUAACAGUUCUACUUAACAGUGUUCAAUCCGUCUUGGCAGGAGUGGUGGUGGGGUCAGGAUGGCAAGCAUGGGUGGCAUAUAUAAGUCUUCUCUCCUACUACAUUUUUGGGCUCCCACUUGCAUUUGUAAUGGGAUCGGCUCUCCACUUCGGCGUUUCGGGUAUAUGGGGUGGGAUGAUCUUCGGUGGAACUGCUGUGCAAACAGCGAUAUUGGCCAUCGUGACAUUAAGACAUGAUUGGGAAAUGGAGGCUCAGAAGGCUAUGCAGCGUGUGAACAACUGGUCGACUUCUAACCGAGACAAUAAAUUAGAGGAACAUAAAUAAAAUGGAAUAAAUCCACUUUGUGUUAUAUUUGGAUAAUCGGAUUUAAAUUUCUGUAAAAUUCGUACGUGGUCAAGCAAUGAUGUUUUUUACCUGCUAAGAUCUUAAACAAUGAUGGCCUCGAACUGCUAGAUCUUAAACAAUGGUGG